UCAAAUCGUUUUGGCGCGAGAUUUAGGAAGAAACAUGGCUUAUUUUUACAUGUGAAAAUUCCAUUUUAAUUACAUAGUUUAUAUCUAGGAAAAUAUAUUGAUACUGAUUAUUGUGAUCAUAGUACAAAGGACGUCUCAUCAGUACUACGGCUUGGUCUGUUGCGUCAGAGGGACGCCUUUCUCCACCUGGCAGUCUGGUGGUAUAUGGAAUUGUCAAUUAUGAACUGUGAGCUGUUGGCAACAUGCAGUGCCCUGGGAUACCUGGAGGGAGACACCUACCACAGAGAACCUGACUGUCUUGAAAGUGUGAAGGACCUGAUCCGGUACCUGCGGCAUGAGGAUGACACACGGGACAUCCGGCAGCAGCUGGGGGCGGGCCAGAUCAUUCAGAACGACCUGCUGCCCAUCAUCAGCCAGCACAGCCAGGACAAGGCCCUGUUUGAUGCCUGCAUCAGGCUCAUGGUCAACCUUACCCAACCUGCGCUGCUCUGCUUUGGGAAAGUCCCUGAUGACCCUACUGUCAGACAUCACUUUCUGCAAGUGGUCUCCUAUUUACAGGCCUAUAAGGAGGCCUUUGCCAAUGAGAAGGUGUUUGGAGUUCUGAGUGAGACCCUGUACAACCUUCUGCAACUGGACUGGGAGCAGAGGCAGGAGGAGGACAACCUACUGAUUGAGAGGAUUCUGCUGCUGGUCAGAAAUGUACUGCAUGUCCCUGCUGACCCCCAUGAGGAGAAGAAUGUGGAUGAUGAUGCCAGUGUGCAUGACAAGCUGCUGUGGGCCAUGCACAUGAGUGGUCUGGACGACCUGAUCAAGUUCCUGGCCUCUGCGCCGAGCGAGCAGCAGUGGAGUAUGCACGUUUUGGAGGUCACCUCCCUCAUGUUCAGAGACCAGACGCCAGAACUUCUGGUGAGUGCAGGUCAGACUCGUUCCGCUCAGGAGAAACAGAGAGAUGCCCAGGAGUUGGAGGUGCUACGACAGAAAGAGCAGGCGGAGAAACGCAGCCGCACCCUGCAGAGGGGAACCAGACACUCUCGUUUUGGAGGCUCCUAUGUGGUUCAGGGACUCAAGUCCAUUGGAGAGAAAGAUGUGAUCUACCACCGAGGCCUUCAUAAUUUCAAAAACUACACCCACGAUUUGGGCAAGGCGGUGAGGCGCGUGCCCAAGCGGAAGCAGCAGGCUAAGGACACAGAGGGCAAACGACGCUCCGCCCUCAACGUGCGCCUUUUCCUGCGCAAGUUCUGUGUGGACUUCCUGGAGAAUUGCUACAACCGCCUGAUGUACCUGGUCAAGGAGGGGCUGGUCAGGGAGCAGGCACAGCAGCACGAUGAGACCUACUACCUCUGGGCCCUCAGCUUUUUCAUGGCUUUCAACCGUGGCAAUGGUUUCCGUGCUGACCUGGUGUCCGAGACCAUGUCCAUCCGUACAUUCCACUUCAUCGAGCGCAACAUCACCAACUACUAUGAGAUGAUGCUCACCGACCGUAAGGAGGCCACAUCCUGGUCACGUAGAAUGCAUCUGGCCCUGAAAGCAUACCAGGAGCUGCUGCUGACAGUAAAUGAGAUGGACCGCUCACAUGACGAAAACAUCAAACAGAGUGCCAAUGUAAUCAAAAGUAACAUCUUCUACCUGAUGGAGUACAGAGAGAUCUUCUUGACUCUGCUGAGGAAGUUUGAUGAGACCAAGCAGCCGCGCUCGUUCCUCAGGGACCUGGUAGAGUCCACACACCUCUUCCUGCGUAUGCUGGAGCGUUUCUGCAAGGGACGCAACAACCUAGUUGUGCAGAAGAAGCGUGUGAAGCGUAAGAAGGGCCGGAAAAAGACAACUGCGAUAGAGACAACCCCUGAGGCCCUAGAGGAGACGUGGAACAUUGUAGCGGGAGAACUCCGGGACAGCGGCUUUCAGUUGUCGGAGGCUCUGACAGAAGGCGCUGUGCCCUUCGACGCAGCGUCUGAAACUCCCCUGGAGGAGCAGAGGACUGAGGCUAUGGUGCGUGUCCAGGAUUCCCUGCUCAACAGACUGGGCCCUGAGGCUCUGGGUCUGCUACGAGCUGCCAGGGAGGUGUGGCCAGAGGGAGACGUGUUUGGAUCCGCGGAUGUGGAGCCAGAGGAGGAACUGGAGCUCCUCAAACAGAUCCUGUUUGCCAAUCUGCCUCGGCCCUCCUCUUCAGAACCUGGGAUGGAGGAAGAGGAAGAUGGAGAGUUGGAGGUAGAGGAAGAAUUGGAAUCUGUACGUGUGUCUGAGACGGAGUUCAACUUCUUGGACUUCAUUAAGAGAUUUGCCAACCCCAACAUUGUGCGACCUUAUCUUCUCCUGCUCCGGACCUACUCCCAGAACUCCCCCCACACCAACCACUGCAUCACACGCAUGCUGCACCGCCUGGCCGUCGACCUCAAAAUGGACGCCCUGCUCUUCCAGCUCUCUGUCUUCUGCAUCUUCAACAAGAUCCUGGCUGACCCCUCUGCUGCUGCAUAUAAGGAGCUGGUGACCUUUGCUAAAUUUGUGCUGAAACGUUUCUUUGCGCUAGCAGCUAGGAACAGUAAGGCCUACGUAGAGCUGCUCUUCUGGAAGAAUGUCGGAGCAGUACGGGAGAUGACAGAAGGCUACAGCAAGCCUGGAGAAGGGGAGGGUUCCAAGAAGAAGGCAAAAUGGGCACCAGAGGAAGAGGAGGAGCUGCGAACGCUCUACGAGGAGCACCGUGAUUCUGGAGUGCCUGACAUUGUGGAGACUCUGCUGCCGUUGCUCAGCAACACAUCCCGUACACGCCGUCAGCUGGUGGCCCAGAUGGUGGCCAUGGGGCUUGUAGACAGUGUCCGAGACCUGAAGCAACAGAGGAAAGGCACUCGAAUCAUACUGUGGACAGAAGAACAGGAAGAGGAGCUCAAGAUGCUCUUUGAAGAAUUCAGAGACUCAAAUGAUAUACUGGGCAACAUCCUGAAGAAAGUGACAGCUAAACGCUCGCGUGCCCGCUUGGUCGAGAAGCUGCUCAGCCUGGGCCUAGUUUCAGACCGACGAGAACUCUACAAGAAGAGGCACCGCAACCCUAACGCUCAAAGGAAGAACUCCGCUGUGGGAUUGACUGAAGAGGAGUUCCUAGCUGACCUCACCGGAGGGCCAGAUGAAGAGCCAAUGGACUGUGAAGACGAUGAUGAAGAGGAAGAUGACUCAGAGGAGAGCGAGGAGGAAGAACAAGAGAGGCAGGAUACAGUGGCGAAGGGAAGAAGAGGCAGGGUGGCAGAGGAGGAGACUUUUGAGAAGACUGCCAGUGUGGGGACCUUGGUUUACACUCUACAGCAGGAAGGUAUGUCAGGACCCCUGCUGUGGCUACAGAACUGCCUCAACAGAACGGCCGAUGACCGUGAGGAAGAAGGCUCAUCUCAACCUAUACCACUUGUCCCUCUGACGGAGGAGAAUGAGGACGCCAUGGAGAAACCUAGCUUCCAGAGGUUACUACAAAAAAUUGGGGUUCGAGCACCAGCUGAUGAACAGGAGUCAUUCUGGAGGAUCCCCGCGAAGAUGAGACCGUCCCAACUGAGGGGGGCAGCAGCAGCACUGAGCUCCAGUGAGGAGCCUUUGGCCGGGGAGCAGGGGUUGGAGGGUAGUCCGGUCAAGCAGGGUGAAGCAGACUCUCAUGAGCAGAGAUCUCAGGCCCUCCGAGCCCUGCUGCUGGCCCGCAAGAGGAAGCCGCCUGGUUCAGCCACAGCAGAACACACUGAUUUUACAGCUGUUGAGCAAAUAGAUUCAGACAGUUCACCUCAGAAAUCCUCAGAGAAGAAGACCUCCACCAAAAGAAGCAGAGCGGUAUUGUUGGAUAGCGAUGAUGAGAAGGAUGAAGACUGCCUCACCAUGGACCUUGGGGUUGAUGAGGACACAGACUCUGCCCCCACCAAGCGCAGAAGACAGAGGGUCCUGAUUGACGAGGAUGAUGAUUAGAGACUUUUUUCCGUUUAAUUGAUUGGAUAUAAUACAGCAGUGCUUUAUAUAGAAAGGGGGUAAACUCCUCAUCCACCAUAAAUGUGAGGCAUCCAGUUAGACAUGGUUUUGUUGAAGCAGCAUCAUAUACCAUGCUUCUACGGGCGACCCUCACCAGCUACUACUGAGGACAUGAGACAGGUUUACAUGUCUUCACAGAGGUGAGACAGGUAUACACGUUAUCACAGACGUGAGACCGGUACACGUUAUCACAGACGUGAGACCGGUACACGUUAUCACAGACGUGAGACCGGUACACGUUAUCACAGACGUGAGACCGGUACACGUUAUCACAGACGUGAGACCGGUACACGUUAUCACAGACGUGAGACCGGUACACGUUAUCACAGACGUGAGACCGGUACACGUUAUCACAGACGUGAGACAGGUACACGUUAUCACAGACGUGAGACAGGUACACGUUAUCACAGACGUGAGACAGGUACACGUUAUCACAGACGUGAGACAGGUACACGUUAUCACAGGAGGUGAGACAGGCAUGCAUGUCCUCACAGAGGAGGUGAGACAGGUUUGUUUCUUACAUUUGUUUUAAAGAAUGGAUGAUUACUGGUUUACAUUGUGAAACUGCUGAUUAAUUUGUAAGAACAUAUGUUUUGCUGGGGUCUGUGUUAGUCUUUUGCCGUUAAUAAUGUCUAAUGUCUGGUUUUGCAGCGUGCUACACAUGAGAAUUCUUAAAUGUUCUGUGUGCAUUUAAAAGGACUUAUCAAUACAGGGAUUUGACUUCCCACACCUGGACUUAUUAGACUAAUUCUCCAUUCAUAAACAGUUCAUUUAUUCUAUUUAUACUCAAGAUUGUUAAAGAGAAACUUGAGUGUUAAUGGUUAACGUUUGUCCCAGUAGAUCUUCUAGAGCUGUUGUUUUCUGAAUAGUUUUUGAUGUUGCGCAUACAUUUCAGGGUAAGACCUAUGCAUGUUUAUGAAUAAAUGUUUAUAAGUAAUGAAA